GAGCGGCAGGCUUGGCCUGUACAACGAAGGUAAUACUCGCCGGAGCAGGAGCAGUGGUGGCUGCCGCAACGGGCAGAGGCUAGCGCCAUGGGAGGACACGCUCAAGGCCCUGAAGAUGACGCCUAAUGCUAGCCGCGCGGCGCCGUGCGGACAGCCGGUUGUCGUUGGCGCGUCUACUGCAGACUAUUUUUUGUGA